AUUGAAUUAAAAGAAGUAGAAUCUCUUUCUAUGCAAAGAAUUUUUAGAUAAAUAAGUAGAUAUUAUUUUUGCUCUUUAAAUAAUAUCGAAAAUACAAAAAAAAAACCAUUUUAUCAGGAUAUUAAUGUAAAUUCAUAAAUUAGUAACAUGAGGCUUGAUAAAUACUUAAAGGAACAUUACGGAAUACCUUGGACUAGCUUAUAAAUUUGUCUUAGAAAAAAAGAGAUUUUUGUUAAAGAUGUACAAGACCUGUCGAAACACAAAAAUCCAGAUUACAUUUUAAAAGAAGGUGAUAUUAUCCGAAUUCCUUUUUCAUUUGUAGAAAAAAAAGAGUAAAUUUAAAAUAGCUAAAAACAAGAAUAAAAUGAAAUUAAAUUGGAUUAAAGUCAAAUAGAUAAAUUCAAGUAAAUGAUUAUUUAUGAAAAUAAAAAUAUAAUUAUUCUAAAUAAAGCAAAUGGAGUAUCCUGCUAAGGUGGUUAAGAUGUAUCGCUAAAUUUAGUCACUAUGGGUUAAUAGUAUUUAAUAAAUUAAACAAAUUAAAAAUAUUUAGUUGCUCAUAGAUUAGAUAAAGUAACUUCUGGCGUUUUGAUGGUUCCGAAGAAUUAAUAAAUAGCUAAAAUUUAUGGAAAUUUGUUUAAUGAUAAAUCAAAUAUUAAUAAAUAUUAUAUUGCUUUAGUAAGAAAUUCUCCAAAAAAUUUUAAAGCUAUGAUUAAUGCUCCUAUCGAAUAUUCUUAGUCCAAAUAAAGGGCUAUUGUUUCAAAUAUAAUAGACGAAAAUUCAAAAUCUGCUCACACUCACUAUCAAGUUCUAGCUUAGUUUAAAAUGGAAGACAAAAACCUUGCUGCAAAAAUAAUUAAUUCCGAGCAUGAUUACAUUAAAGACUGGGGCGAUUUCUCGCUAUUGAAAAUAAGGAUUUAAGAAGGAAGAAAACACUAAAUUAGAGUUCAUUUAAGUGAAAUAUCUAAAACUCCUAUCGUAGGAGAUGCUAGAUACUUUGAUAAAAAUCAUCAAGAAAGCUUAUUCUAAUACAAUAAAGACUAAUCUAUUUUCCUUCACUGUUAUCAAACAUUUAUAAACAACUAAGAAUUAUGCAAUCGUUUAUCAAAAAAUAGUUCAAGUCAAAUUGCUUGUAACAAUUUAGGAGAGGUAUAAGUGGAAGAGGGAGUAUUAAAAAUAUAGGCAUCAUUUCCUUAGCAUUUUAAUAAUCUUUUUGAGCUCGGAUUUAAGGAUUAACCUGAGUAAUUGGAUAAAUUAAAAUAGAUGAUAAAAGACAUAACUUUAUGAGAUAGUUUAAAAAGUAAACAAAAUAAAUUUUAUUUAGAUUAUAAAAAAAUUGUUUUCAUUAAAUAAAUAUUAAUUA